CCCAAGCAGGUUGUGUCGAAACCGGUUAUACCACAGUGAAGUGCUAAGACACAGUGCCCUAGUGUUUAGUUUUGUUUGGACAUUUUUAUUUGUGGAAAUGGAAGAUAAGCCGUACAGUGUGGACAGUUCUGACGAUUUCGUUAUAGAAGAAGAGGAAGAACAAAUCGAGGACAAUCACAGCUAUCCUCCAGACUUUCCGAUCGAAGCUUUGGUGAAGCUCGAGCGUCCGUCGCCUCCUCUGCCGACGCCGCCACAUACGCCCACCGACGACACGCCUCCGGCCGUCGUCAUCUCCCGCCACCAGCCCCCCGCGUGGCCGCCCGCGCCUCACUACCCCUCCUACCCCCGGCCCGCCAUGCAGACACCCUACCCUUACGAGAAACCCCCAGUCCCGAAUUACUCGCACCCUGCCAUGUCAGCCUACGUCCAAGCUCAAGUAGCGACUCUACCUCCGACGGCCCCGUACCACGCCAUGCUCGUCAACCAGUGGAUCAGAAACGCGGCCCUGUACCAUCAUUCACUAAGAUACCCAGGAGCCAUGGCCCAGAGAAUGCCAGGAAGAAAUCCGCCGCCGAUGAGGGCUCCCGGUGUACCUGGCACGCGCCCUAAGAAACAAUUCAUCUGCAAAUAUUGCAAUCGCCAGUUCACCAAAUCCUACAAUCUCCUCAUCCACGAGAGGACUCACACCGAUGAGAGACCUUAUUCCUGCGAUAUCUGCGGAAAAGCUUUCAGAAGACAGGACCAUCUGAGAGAUCAUAGGUACAUUCACUCUAAGGAGAAGCCGUUCAAAUGCAACGAGUGCGGUAAAGGAUUUUGCCAAUCCCGCACUUUGGCGGUGCACAAAAUUUUGCACAUGGAGGAAUCUCCCCACAAAUGCCCAGUUUGCAGCAAGAGCUUCAACCAAAGAUCCAACCUGAAGACCCACCUCUUGACGCACAGUGACGCGAACAAGCAUCAUUUGGAACACCUCGAAGGUUGCCAGGAGGUGUCAUCCACGAGUCAUCCUGAGAACUCUUUACUCGAUCUCUCUCAGAAACCUUCCCCACCGCUGCAGUCCUACCAACAACCUGAAGUUUCUGCUCAACAGUCACCUGUCGACGCGCCAAAGAAGACUUUAGGAUUUUCUAUAGAAGAUAUCAUGAAACGUUAAUAUGUCUAUUGUAUUUGUUGUUACAUGUAGCUGUACAUUGCUAAUUCAAGAUCUUAUGUAUCACUUGUUAGUUACUGAUUUAGAAUUCAAGUCAAGUGAUUAGAUUGUAUUUUUUGCCAAAGAAAUUUAAUUUCGACUGAUUAUAGUUCCAAUAGAAUCAUCAUUAAUUAGCAUCCUGGUUUUCACCAUGUAAAAAUACAAAUACAUUUAGAAAAUAGAUCCUGUUUCAUCUCUGUAAAGACUGAAAUAUUUGUUUUAGUAAAUAAUUAUUGUUGUUAUGUUUUCUUUGAAGUUUAUUUUAUUGUGAUAGUCUUACUUAAUUAGAUUUAAGUUCAAACUAAAGUUACCGAAAAGUAUUACCUUUGUUUUAAGUACCUACAUCGUUUAUUCCAAAUUAUGUGGCUAUGACAGAUUUGAGAUUCCAAUUGAUAGACAUAAUGAUUGUAGUGUGUUUGAAUAUCUGGUUAGAAUUUAGAUGUAAUUUGUACAUUCCUGUAAAUAUAUUUGUAAAUUAUUUUAAGUCAUUAAGUUAAGUCGACGAGGCUAUAUUAAAAAUCUAAAUUACAAAGAGAAGUACAUGGAGUCGA